AUGUCUGAAGAAAGUGCUUCCAAAAGACUUCGCACCAGUGGGCCAACGAGGGUGAUUGGAACCCACAACGGAACUUUCCAUUGUGAUGAAGCACUUGCUGUAUUCUUGCUUCGUCAUACGAAAGAGUAUGCAGACGCGAGUGUCAAGCGAACUCGGGAUCCCAAAAUAUUAGAAACUUGUGAUAUUGUGGUUGAUGUGGGGGCGGAAUAUGACCCAGAAAGAUUGCUAUUUGAUCAUCAUCAACGAGGGUUCACAGAGGUGUUUGGCAAUGGGUUUAAGACCAAGUUGUCGAGCGCAGGUUUGAUAUACAAGCAUUUUGGCCCUGAAAUCAUCGCCAACCAGUUGCAACUGAACCCAACUGACGGGAAGGUACAAGAGUUAUGGCUCAAACUAUAUGGGGAUUUCAUUGAAGCGAUCGACGGUAUUGAUAAUGGGGUCCUUCAAUAUCCAUCCGAAAUCUCUCCAGCAUAUAGAAGUCGUACCGAUAUUUCUAGCCGCGUCGGACAUCUCAAUCCGAGAUGGAACGAAUCUGUUGACUCUGAUGGAGUGGAUGCGCGUUUCCAAAAAGCCUCAGAGCUGACAGGUACCGAGUUCCUUGGUCGUUUGGACUAUCUUGCGAACGCAUGGUGGCCAGCUCGUGAUUUGGUAUUGCAUGCUCUGGAGGCUCGCACCCAGGUCGAUCCCAGCGGCCGCAUAAUUGCAUUUGAACAAUUUGCCCCUUGGAAGGAGCACCUAUUCGAACUUGAAUCUAGUUUAAAUGUUUCUGAGGAGCAAAAGCCGAUUUAUGUACUUUAUCCAGACGAGACAGGGGGCAAUUGGCGUAUUCAAGCGGUCCCAGUAUCUCCCGAUAGCUUUGAGAGUCGGAAGGCACUUCCGGAAAUAUGGCGAGGAGUAAGAGAUUCACAACUGGAUGAUGUUACAGGAAUUCCUGGAGGAAUAUUUGUUCAUGCAUCUGGUUUCAUUGGAGGAAACAAAACGAAAGAGGGGGUUCUAGCGAUGGCAAAGAAGGCGCUAGCAUUGUGA